GCAAAGGGUAAAGGUGGAAAAGAAAUCCACUAAAAGGGGAAGAAAACAGGAUAAAAGAGACGAGGACAUUCCUGUCAUUUCACAUCCAAUAUUGUCGGCCUCUACCCUAUCCAUCUGCGUCGCUGGGUUCGGAUCCGACCCAUUUCCCUUUAAAGUCCGACCCGAAACUAAAAUCGUCGGUGACUCAGUGAACGUUGGGCUCGACUCACUAUUCAUAUAUAUAUACAUACAAAGAUACAUGUGUAUGUAUUCAAAUAUAUAUAUGAUGAGAGAGAGAGAGAGAGAGGAGAAGAGAGGUGAGGGUGAGGUGGAUUGGUAUAUAGCUGUGGAUGCCAAAUCCAAGGCUUCUUGAAUUUUGAGAGAGAGGGACAGAGAAAGCAAAUAGUAAUAGGUAAUAAUAACAAUAAUAAUAAUAAUAAUAAUAAACAGUAACAAUUAGAGAGAGAAAGUGAAGUGCAAUGGCGGACUCCAGCGAUUCUGUCUCCGUCGAUAUGGAGUCCACCCCUCUCGCCGGAAAGAUUGAGUUGCAAUCGCGAUUUCGUGAAUGAAGUUCCAGAUUUCGUGGAGCAUAUUGUGAAUACUCGCAGUGGUUCUGUGUCCGUUGCUGUUUUCGGGGAUCAUGACAAACCUGCCCUUAUCACAUAUCCUGACUUGGCUUUGAACUAUAUGUCAUGUUUCCAAGGAUUGUUCUUUUGUCCAGAAGCAUUUUCUCUUCUUCUCCACAACUUCUGCAUCUACCACAUCAGCCCCCCAGGUCAUGAGUUGGGAGCAGAUAUCCCUGAUCCUGAUGAACCUGUGUUAUCUAUUGAUGAUUUAGUGGAUCAGAUCGCUGAAAUACUCGACUACUUCGGACUCGGUGCAGUGAUGUGCCUGGGUGUAACUGCUGGGGCUUAUAUUCUUACUCUCUUUGCGAUAAGGCACUCGGAACGUGUUAUGGGUCUUAUUCUUGUUUCCCCUCUGUGCAAAGCACCAUCGUGGACUGAAUGGUUACGUAACAAGGUGAUGUCAAAUUUGCUUUACCUUUGUGGUAUGUGUGGCAUUGUAAAGGAGAUGUUGCUCAUGCGCUACUUCAGCAAGGAAGUCCGCGGCAGUGUGGACAUACCCGAAUCAGAUCUUGUUCAAUCAUGUCGAAGACUGUUGAGUGAGAGGCAGAGUCCCAACGUGAUGCGAUUCCUUGAAGCAAUUAAUGGGAGACCAGACAUCACUGACGGCUUAAGAAGACUGCAAUGUCGAUCCUUGAUUUUUGUUGGAGAAAACUCUCCAUUCCAUUCAGAAGCACUUCAUAUGACCUCAAAACUAGAUAGGAGAUUCAGUGCCUUGGUAGAGGUCCAAGCGUGUGGCUCGAUGGUCACCGAAGAACAUCCUGAUGCCAUGCUGAUUCCAUUAGAAUAUUUCCUGAUGGGAUUCGGGUUCUUCAGGCCAUCUCAGUUCAAUGUAAGCCCCAGAAGCCCAUUAAGCCCGACCUGCAUUUCCCCGGAGCUGUUCUCGCCCGAAAGCAUGGGGUUGAAGCUGAAACCAAUCAAGACAAGGAUCGAGGGACAAGUUUGAGGAUGCCCAGAUUUUUGUAAUUUAAGAUUGCUCGUACUGCUCGAUUGCCUGAAGAAUCCCCUCCCUAUACUGGAAAAAUUACUACAGGAGGAGGCUUGUAGAUAAUAAAGAUAACCAGACACCAAUAAAUUUAGCAGAAUGGAAGCAAGCAGAGGGAGGAGAUGAGAUAGAAAGGGGGAAAGGAUGAUAUAUACUAGGCUUAGAGGUAUGAAACUUUUAAUUCUUUUUUUUACCUUUUCCCACUUGUAAUUUCACUGUUUUUGUUGGGAGCUUAGUGAGUGCUCUAUAUACACAUACACCUCAUGGCAUUCUUAAAAUUAUUUUGCAUAGACAAAAGAGAUAUAAUAAAAGAGGCCAGGUUCAUCCA